AUGUCCGACAACCAACUCACCUUCCGCGUCGCAACUCUCGAGGACGCUGAGCCUCUCAAGGAACUGAUCCAGGCCGCCUUCCGUGCCGAAGACACGAGAGAGGGCUGGGUCGGCCUCGCUGAUCUCUCAGCAGGCUUCACCAUGGACGUCAACGAAGUCAAGGAGAGGAUCAGCAACCCCACCAGCGAAGUUCUCAUCGCCUCCAACAACGAGAACAACUAUCUAGGCUGCGUCGCCGUCUCCAAGCACGGCGAGAACGUGGCUCGGGUCUCCUGGGUCGCCGUGGACCAGAAGAGCCACCGAGGUGGGAUCGGGCGCAAGGUCCUCGAGCAUGCGGAGGAGUACAGCCGCCAGACAUGGGGCGUGAAGAUCAUGGGGCUCAAUGCUCUCUCGACCCGGGGGCCCCUUAUUGAGUGGUACGGCCGGCGGGGGUAUAAGAAGACUGGUAAGCUGAGCCCUUUCCCUGUCGCUGCUGUCAACGGUAGAGCACUCCCGGAAGAUCUCUGCUUCGUUGAGAUGGAAAAGGAGGUGGAGUGA